UCGGGUGAAUAAAUGAUAAAUAGCUGCUUUUUAUCCUCGUUUCUCGCUGUCCUGAAGAUACGCAGGAUCCAACUAACUUUUAUUUCGCGUAGAAGACCCACUCUUAACAUAUUCAAGACAUGAAGCUCAUCUCUCUGUUUAUCUUCAUAACUUGGUUGGCGGAUGCAGAGCUGAAAACGACAAAAGUGUCGGGGACGACAUGCACUUUCAAAGACAAGAUCUUCAGUCCCGGGGACAGCUGGCAUCCCUACCUCGAGCCCUUUGGCUUCAUGUUCUGUAUGCGCUGCAUGUGCACGGAGGCGGGCCAUGUGAAAUGUAACACAAUCAGGUGUCCUGCGUUGACUUGUGAGAAUUCAGUGACCGAGCCGCAGCAGUGCUGCCCCCGCUGCCCAGACGAGCCCCGGGUCCCUGCAGGACUCCGAGCCUCGGUGAAGACCUGUCGGUACAACGGGAGUGUUUACCAACCAGGGGAGUCGUUCACCAAACACGACCUGUUCCCGUCCAGGCAGACCAACCAGUGCGUCAUGUGCACGUGCUCGAAUGGGAACAUCUUCUGCGCACUGAAGACCUGCCAGUCCCUGAGCUGUUCCUCCCCCGUCCCCCUGCCAGACACCUGCUGCAUGGUCUGCAGAGAUCAGCUGACCAGCGGCUCCUCGUCCACAGAGGAUGGAAACCAACAGCUGAACCGGGGUGUUAGACACUCUGUGGACCAGUGCUCUGAGGAGCCACUGGUGAGGGACCGGACGGGGGUCCUUGGGGCCACCUUGUCCUCACUGAAGAGCAGCCCCAGGUCGGGGCCCUGGGGCCUGGGUCUGGGCAAGCUCAACCUGAAGGGAGCCGCGGACACAACUGUCAAGAUCUUCUUACAGAAGAAACAGCAGAAAGCGUGUUCGUACAACAGUAAGACGUACUCCCACGGGGAGACAUGGCACCCUGUCCUGGGACGCGUCCUGGAGUGCAUCCUGUGCUCGUGCAGCGACGGCCUGCAGGACUGCCGACGCAUCACCUGUCCCAACCAGUACCCCUGCAAACGACCCACCAAGUCAGCGGGGAAAUGCUGUAAGACCUGCCCAGAGCUUCGGGCCGAGACGAACCAGAGCAAGUGUCACCAUGGUUACCGAAACAACGUCCUCGUCUACAAGGUGGAACCGGCGAGAAACGACUCAGACGACAUCAGAACCAUCGCCAUCGAAAAGUUGGGGCUGACGGAGGUGGAACUCCAAACCUGGAAGACCGUGGGAGAGGAUUUACAGUUGUUGGAAAUCGCAGAAGUGGAACGUAGAAACGUCACGGAUCACCCUGAAAGCUACACAUUGCUCGCUACGGUCGCUGAAGACACCUGGAAAAAGUUUAAGGGGGAGAAUAUCGGUGACAAUUCUCAAACGACGGUUUGCGAUGACGGUAUCAGGGAGAUAGUCAAUUAUUUAAACCCCAAGCACACUGAAGACAUGUGUUCACCUUAAACACACAAUGUCCCGCGGGGAUACAGUUAGAUCCCAGUUAAAGCAGGAUCAUCGCAAAUAUACCAUAGACUUCUGCCACAAAACAAUGCACAAAACAAUAUUUAUAGAAAGAGCUUUUUUUUAAUAGUUGCUUUACUUUUGCUAUUGUACAUCAUAAGGUAGAAAUGUUUAUAAAAAUAGUUUUUACAUACAUACUGCAACAAACAAUAUACAGUGUAUGACCGUAUGGCAAAAUAUAAAAACUUAAAAUGUUUACAUUACCAGUACCCAAAUAGAGUUCAGAUAUAUGAUUUUUGCGGUCAGAAUCUCUUGUACCAGCUCGAUGUACUAAUUAAACAGUUAAUGUUUCGUUAACAAUGUCUCCAUAUAACAUUGUAAGUGUUAUGUUAUAACACUUCAGACAGGGGGUUAUUGACCUAAAUCAACAGCCUUUAAAAACUUUACUGUAAUUCUGUUGAGUUACUCUGUUAUCUUUUUAUAUUUAUUGUACAUAUAAAAGUCUUAUGAACUCAAAGAAUGCCUGUCAUGCUUAUUGUAUGAUUCAAAUGUUUGUAUCUAUACAUCCAUACACACUUUGAUCAAUGCUUUGUGUUUCUCUAAACAUUAAAAACCUAUGAAUCUGUGACAAGUUAGCCCACUGAGAAGGCUUAACAUCAACACCUGUGUAUGGCUCUACCUUAUCAUCCAUUAACAUGCAUGUUCCACAAAAUCAUCCUCAAAAUUAAGUCUGAAUAAGUUAUGUAUGAAUCAUUUUACACUAGUCCUGAAUUGUAGCUAAGCUUACCUAGGUAAAAAGGCUGUAUAUAUAUGAACAGCACCUCACUCCCUAGAGCAUUUGUUCUCAAACUGAGGCCCACGGGCCAAUGGCGGCCCGCUGAAACAUUCCUGAAAAAAAUAUUAGUUUCCUGUCAUUUCCCGCCAAAUAUUUUUUCCUUUGGCAGCCCUCAGUCAAAUUUUAGUUUCCUAAAUUGGCCCUCGGCUGUCAAAACUUUGAGAACCCCUGCCCUAGAGGCACCACAAAUGGGGGCGAGGCUCUGCACCAGAACUCACGUUAAGUAUUAGAAGAUAAAUCAAAAGCAGAGGUGCAAUGUCCCACCAGCACCACCGAAACACACCCAUAGCGAGGUAGCAGAUAUCACAGAACACCAAAAAAAAAACACCAAAUAUCAGAAGUAGUAUUAAGUAAAUUAACAUGCCGAUAGUGAGGUAGCAUUUAUUAAAAUACACCAGAUAUCACAGUAGUAGUAUUAAAAAUAUACCAGAUACCACAGUAGUAUUAAAACCACACCAGAUAUCACAGUAGUAUUCUGAUAAACAUACCAGUUACUGCAGUUUCAGAUAUCGAUAUCGUACCAGAUAUUGCAGUAGUACUAUUCAAAUAAAAAACGUACUGCAUAAAUAGUGCGUAGACAAGCCAUUCCCUUAUAGUAAGGUUAAAUGAUACACGGUACAAUGUUUGGAUUAAAAUAAAGUUUCUACAAUGAACUUGAUGCAGUCUUUCUCAUUUAUAAAACCUUCACGAAACAGAUUUCCUUCAAACUGAGGAUUUAAGGAUUUAAUCUACAGUUUGGGUUUCCCACUGGUGCUAACGGGACAUUUAUCCAAUAGUAUGAUCUACGAUAAACAUCUGGGUCUGUGAAUGUUGAACCUUUUAAUGUAUAUGGAAACCUGAGUCAAAGCCCAAGUACUGUUGAGGAUGAAAGGCACUGUAGAUUUAUAACAAUCCAACUUUUCAGCAUAACAUCGAGCAAACUCUCACAGCUACUCUUAUGCACAUCAGUUAUGGUUCCUCAAAAUUUAGUCUGGCCACACUUGUGAUUACUUGUUGGAUGUCUGCUUCGAUUAUUCUCAGACUCACUUGUAAGUCUCUUUGGAUAGGAGCAUCUGCCGAAUGUAAAUAUCUGUUCAUAUCCACAAUUAUUCUCAUGCGGCAAAAUACAAAAAUAUUAAAAUUAGGUAGAUGCCGGUAGAUCAUUGGGUUGCCUGUUCCAUCCUCUGCCAUUGUAAACCUAGGCAACAGACUUAAACCGUACAGCUCUCAACAAGCCAGCUGUUAUGUCGACGUAGUACAUGUUCUGUGUAAUAUGAGGCAUAAUUUAGGACUUUGGGCAUGGAAUAUAUCCUUCCAGGCACGGCUAGAAGUGCAAUUGUUGCCAUGUGAACACACACGAUGGAAUAAUGGCA